GAGAAUCUCAGAUAGAUCAAACAAGAGAUGAAACAAAACAUGAAAAAAUAUGUCAAGAUAUUUCCAACAAAACACCGCGACUCCAAUCUACUGGGAGACUUUCGAACAAAGAUCAAUUGGAAACACUGAUAGAAAAACUGGAAAAUAUAGUGAAAUCACAAAGCUCAUUCUAUUCCGAUUUCACUUCAAAUUGCAAAUCUCAAGUAGGAGUUGAUAAAUCUCACUUCUGUAAUCAGCAUCAAAAAUCGAAUAGAUCGCUCCCAAAAAGCUGUAAGGAAAUUCAAACAGAUGGUCAAAAUAUUUCUGGAAUAUAUGAAAUCCAACCCACAAACGCUAUCAAGCCUUUCAUGGUUUUAUGUGACAUGGAAACUGAAGGCGGCGGUUGGACUCAUAUCCACAGAAGAUUGGACGGUUCCCAAGACUUCUUUCUAGGCUGGCGGGAGUAUAAAUUUGGUUUUGGAAAUUUAAACGAAGAAUUCUGGCUGGGACUGGAAAAUAUUCAUAUUUCUACAGAUUCUCAGUCCAGUGAGUUGCUUGUCGAGAUCACUGACAGGGAUAAUAUAACAGCAUAUGCACAUUACAAGGAAUUUGCGAUUGGUUCCGAACAAGAUGGAUAUUCAUUAAAAAAUCUUGGGAAGUUCAGUGGCGAUGCUGGAGACUCAUUAAGAUAUCAUUUGGGAAAAAAAUUCACAACAAAAGAUUAUGACCAAGAUGAGCAUCCACAAAAUUGUGCUGUUUUGGCAAAAGCCGCUUGGUGGUUUGGAUCAUGUUAUGAAAGUAGCCUCAAUGGAAAAUUUGUGAACGUCGUUCUUUCUGAUGCGGAACAAUAUUCAGGAUUGCACUGGAGAUCGUUUCGAAAACUCCCAUAUUGCCAUGCUAGAGCAAGGAUGCUGAUUAGACCGGUCUGAUUAUGUUGAGAAGGAAUUCAUAUAUACCGUACAUAAACGUUUUAUCUAGUUCAGAUUUAUUUUUCAUGAAUUUGUUGUUGAAUAGUAAUCUAUCAAUCAUAAAUGUUUUUCACCAAAAUAAAUUGUUUAACAACCAA